AGAAGAUCGGAGGAAAACAGUGUUGGGAAUGGAAUCGCGUCCGGCCAGCCUUAAAGCCAUCGGCCUCGUUCAUGGCACCCGCUGGAAAGACGCCAUUGGCCAAAUCACGCUUAUUUAGUAAGGUCCCAAUUCGCGCCGAGUCGACUUCUUGAAAAACGCGACGAGUCUUGAAAAUCGAAAUAUCAGCAGUGCGAUGAGCCGGGAUAUAGAAUGGCUGAUUUCUGUUCGAGGUAAAACGUGCCGUGCGUGUUUCGAAGGUCUUUUAUCGCGAGUGAGUUUGCGGCUGAACGGCUGAAAUGUAACGGCUCAAUUGCUCCGCGGAACCGCAAGAACUUUGACCGUUCGUGAAAAAAACGACGAUACAAGCCGUACUGCGCCACAAGCAAAGCGAGUGAACAGUGUCCGACCUUCCAUUCAUCCUUUUUCUUUCCAAGUGUUAAGGCAUCGGCUCCGAGCCUUGGUCAAUUCUACUUGGUAGAAGUUUGUUGAAUGUUCACAUCUUAGUCCAGCUGAUAAUUGACCGAGAGGCUCGAACGCUGGGAUCUUACGAUUAGUCAAUCUGGCCAACCCGCUACCGCGUACUCGAUAAUAAAGGUAACUUGAGCCAUGCACCAGGCAGUGAUAGAAACCUGGGCCGUGAGCUGUCUACUGGCAAUUUAUAUCGGACCUCUUAGCGGAAGUCCUGUCAGGACGUAUUGGACUCCACAACAAGCGGGAAAAGUUGUCAAAUACCCACAGACCGGAAAGGAUUACCCCGCACACAUUAAUUACGGGGCCGAAUACCGAGGUUCAUUAAAGUCCCAAUUUGAAAGUAACGAUCCAUUCCAGCUACAGCAGUGGCGGCAGUCGCGAAAUCAUCCAGCUCAAUCUAAGGAAUAUGACUAUGGAGAUAAGUACUCAAACUGGUUUCGAAAAGAUCAGAAAUCAUACUAUCAGAGCCUAUCGCAAGUGACCGAAAAUCCUUCGGGAAAAGUUCAAGACGAGGAAAGGUUCUCUGCCCUGCCGGGAACACAUAGUUACUACCAAGACUAUCUUCCCCUCGACGUUGAAGAAGCGGAUCCCGACUCGAAGGAAUAUGAUACGAAGAAGAUCAUUGGUGAAGUCGAUCCUUCGAAUGUUCAGGAUGAAAUCGACAGGAAAGUGAAAAAUUCUACUACUGAAAAGAUCGCAUCACUUAUUACUAAGAUGUUGUUGAAAGAGGAUUCCUACGUACCAAGUCUGAGUGAAUUGGAUAUCCUGAAUUCUUUGGAGGGUAAAAUAAUUGCAAAGACUAUCGAUCGCGAAGAAAUUAAACGCGGGGUCAGACAGGUAUCAAGUCAGCAGAAGCCAGGAGUCGUCUUGACGUUGGCCAGGUUGGCUUUUGAGAAAGUGAACGACACUAAAUCAGCGGUUAACCAGAUUGGUGCCAUAGUUAACAGCAAUCUUUCACCCGAUGUUUCGUCCACCUCGCGCCCCUCGACUACCUCCAGUGCUACAACUAGUGUAACCGGUACUUUGAUAGAUGCAAAUACAACUAUGACAACAACCACAACCGAAGCUCCCUUCGUGCUAACCAGAUCUGAAUUGCUGGGAAUUAUCAGAAGAAAUCUCAGAGGAUUGGUCAGGCUGUUUAACAUUGAGUGGCGCGAAGCGUUGAGCCAAUCCCAAGUGUCGGUGAGAGACUUUCAACGGGAUCUUGGAAACCAAAUUCGACCCUACCUCGAAGACAAUCCUAAUGUAAACUAAUUAUUUGGUGAGAAACUGAAGCAGCCAUCCGUAGGAUAGUUUUACAUUUAUUCCGUAUUUAGGAUCGCAUUAUUGUCAAUUGUUUGUAUUUUAUGAGUUCAAUUUAAAAAUGACCAAAGACUGGAUUUGUCAUAAGUGAAAUACUUGAGUGGAUUAGUUCGACUACUGCCUAAACCUAAAUAUUGUAAUUUAUUUCUAUUUAUUAUUUGAACUGUUGAUUUGUUCAGUUAUUUCUCAAGCAUAAGUAUACUUCUCCUGUAAUUUAUUGUACAUAGUACUGUUUGGGACCAAGGCGUAACAUAAUAUCUGUAGUGAUUUUUGUACGAUUUCGUCAAUAAUGAAUUAAAGCACAUUAAAAUGUU